AUGUUUGAUAGUCUUGGACUCAUUUGCAUGGUUUGGUGGUGUAUGAUGCUAUUUCAUUCCCUGCAUGCUGCCAUCCAGUGUAUAGAGUAGGCACAAGAAUCACAUAUUACAAAUGUGAAAAUGAAUUGGGACAAAAUGGAACUUUCCUGGGAGAUUUUUUCAAAGUACAAAUGCACCUUCAUGGGCAAGGACAUGGAAGGACAGGAAGAGGUGAAUAGUCCACUGUGCAGGUUUCCACUGGAACUAUACCUGCCUCUGCACAAAGGAGUAGACUUUUCAAUCGAAGUGCCAAACACAAACGUCUCAAAAAAUUGCACCUUUAUCCCUGGAGGCAUGAAUGGGUCGGCCAUUGAAAAUUUCUCCUGUGUGAUUUAUAAUGUUUCCCUCAUGAACUGCACUUGGCAGGCAGGCAGGGAUGCUCCAGAAGACACCCAAUACUUUCUCUACUGGCAGAACUCAAGACACGAUGGUGAUGCAGUGGAGUGUGAGCUUUACAUGAAAGAUGAAACUGGCAGAAACACAGGAUGUAGAUUUCAAAAUGUGAAGAUAGAUACUGAAAUAGCUUACUUCCUGGUGAAUGGAUCUAGCAAAGACUCCCUGAUCCAGUUCUAUGAUGAGUACAUUCAACUGUAUGAAAUUGAAAUACUCACUCCUCCAUUAAAUGUCACAGUCAAUUGUACUAGAGACUCAGCGGGUUGCAUAAUUACAUGGCAACCACCCCUCACAAGUCAUGUGGAAAAAGCUAAGUGUUUCCAGUAUGAAAUUAACAUACAAAAUAAGGAUCAGCCCACAGAAGAGAAAAAGUAUCCUUGUGUAAGGAACAACACAUAUGAAAUGCAAAGUUACAAUGAGAAAAAAAAAUACAUCCUGAAAAUCAGGGCACGUGGAAAAAGCUGUCUCUUAAGCUCAAACUGGGGGGAAUGGAGUGAACCCAUUGAGUUUGGUCAAGAGCAAGAUUACUUUAUUGUGAUUUUAUUUCUGAUAGGCCUUGGAACAAUCUCAGUGACACUGCUUCAAUAUUGUCUUUUCAAAAGGUAUUGCAGUUUCAAAAGCAAUUCUUCCAUUCCACAACCAAGAGACAAAUUCAACAUAUCAACUGCUGAAGGUAUCCAGUAUCUUACACACUUGCACAUUGUCAACAGCACCUAA